GCCCACGAUCCUUCUGCACCUUUUCAUGAGAGUAAUUUUCACAUGUCGCCCGACAAAAGCUGACUACUCGCCCGGUUACACUUACUGAGUGACUGCUUCUAUCCAGUUACUUGCCUAAGGCACUUAUCCCCUAGGUAGGUAGAUAGAAGCUGUUUCAGCUGGAGUGGCGAUAUUCGGGGGUUCAAGGGAACAAGUCCGCCGCCGCAUCGGACGAUCCGAGCCUUGUUGAUUUUCUGCCCAAAAAAAUAUAAAAAAAAAAAAAAGAUUAAACUGGCGCCCCCUUGAGCCGCUCUCCCGCGUAUCUAGAAUGGAAAUCGACGAUAUCCUCCGCGAGGUUGAUCCCGACUUUGAUGCGCUGCCGUCAGAGAGACGCGACCUGCAGCUCCUCACGCGCGCCUGGGUUGCGGAGCGCUCCGCUCCCGAACUCCUCGAGUGGCCGUCAGACGGGCUUUUCGAGCGCAUCAACGAUCGUAUAAAACAGCAGAUCGAGCAUGUCGAGGACAUGACUGGAAAUAUGGAUCCCAAGACCAAUUUUGCCCUCAUAGUUAUCCAGACCGAAUUGGAGAGGUACAAGUUUCUAGUUAGAAGCUAUCUCCGUGCAAGAAUGGCCAAGAUUGAUAAGCAUACUCUGCACUACCUAUCGACGCCGUCCCUUCGCGGCAGACUUUCUGAAACCGAACUAGCCUAUGCCACGAGGCACCAAGCCUUGUUGCAUAACCACUAUUUGUCUUCGUUCCUGGCAUCAUUCCCACCUGCCCUCCAAAACCUCAACGACACGGCCGGCAACAUAAGCAUGAUCGACACGCCCGAUUUGGACUCUGCAGUUUUUAUUCGGUUGCUACGUGAUGCCUUCGUAGAGGGCAAGGGCACAGACUCUGACGGGGCCAUGGAAGGCAGAGAUGGCGACAUCCUCAUCCUUCGGUGGUCAGAUGCCAAGCCUUUGGUCGAUGAGGGCAACGCGGAAUUGGUCUGAACCGAUCGACCCAGUGUCAAUUCUUCUUGCUGCUGGGAGUAAAACAAUCCCAUCACCAUUCGUCAUCCCCCCCUCCAUACUCCAGCGUUGGCGUCCAGCCCAAUACGGUUACGGAGUAUAAAUGGCUACAAUUUCAGCCACAGGGUCCGGAUCAGCAAGCUGAAAAUUAUGGAGUAAAUAAACCCAGGCAGGACAGGGCGCAGGGAGCAAGCCUCAAGCAGUUUUUUACUUUUCACCGACAGGCAAUGCAUUAUGCGAAUAACAAAAAAAAAAAAAAAAA